AUGGGCGAUGUCCGUAUUGGUCAUCAAAAUGGACGUCGUGCGAUAACUACUGGAACAGCAGGAACUGUCAGAGUGCCACGGAAUCGGUUGCCAACGCUGAAGAUAAUGCCACCUUUGCAGCUCAGGAAUUUUUCAGGU